AUGACUCGGCAAGCAGAGAAAGCAAAUCUCAUGACUGAAGUUGAUCAAAUAUUAAAAAUCAUAAGCCAAAGGAGAAGUGACAGAGAGAAGGAGCUGAGCAAUAGAAGAGAGAAGAGCGGAGGACAUUUCCCAAUUCUGUUUAUUUUACUGUUUGCCUGUGCUGAUGUCAUACUGUCUGAAAAAAAUGACUUCACUCGCUCAUCAAAUGUCUCCCUUGUGGAUGAUGGCACAAAGAUGCUGACAGAAAAUUGGCAAGUUUUGAGACCCUCUGGGUUCAUUGGUAAAGAUAAUGAUGUCACAUAUGAUGUAAGCACUUUCCUAUAUGGCACCGCCCAGCUACCCUGCUCAUUCCCCUUUAUACGAGGACUAGAGAAGUUGACAUUGAUCUGGAAGAAGGAAGAAGAAAACAUUAAAUCAUGCAUCCACUCAUUCCAGAUGGGCCGGGAACAUCACUUAGAACAGGAUUCUCGGUAUAAAGGACGUACAAAACUCUCCACAAAAUUUCCACAAGGAGACCUGGGCCUUACACUCAGAGGAGUCACAUUCGCUGAUGUGGGGACUUAUUAUUGCCACGCUGCUAAUACUUUGAACGCAGGCAUACAGAAGGUAGAAUUAUCGAUAAGCGGGUUAAAUGUGCACAGCCGGGUCGGCACUCUGUCUGAUGUUGAUGGGAAGAAGCGUCUGACGUGUAUCACCAUCGGGAUGUUCCGGGAUCCAUGGGUCAGGUGGUACGAUGUGAAAAACACAACCCUGACCAAGUAUGAAACCCAUCAUAUUACUGACGAGGCCGAUGGGAUGAAGAAGGUGGAAUCUGUGCUCAGAUAUGAUGACGAAAUAAAUGAAAUGCACUUCUGUCAAGUCGGAGAGGGGACACUACACACAACCACCCGCAUUGUGAGAUCAGAUGGAAAAGCUUCUGUUAAAAUUCAGGAUCCAAACUCUGACGUACCAUAA